UUCCAGUGUUAAUACCAUUAUAUAUAGAUGGCCAAAGCAUUAUACCCAAACCUAACUCACAUAGUAAAGAAGAAAUAGAAAAGGAGAUAUGGCUUCCGUUAUGCUCUCUUCCGCUACAAUGGCCUCUUCUCCGGCUCAUGCCACAAUGGUCGCACCAUUCAUCGGACUUAAGUCCUCUGCUGCUUUCCCAGUGACAUGUAAGGCCAACACCAAAGUUACUUCCAUCACAAGCAACGGCGGAAGAGUUAACUGCAUGAAGGUGUGGCCUCCAGUUGGCAAGAAGAAGUUUGAGACUCUCUCUUACCUUCCUGACCUUACCGAUGUCGAAAUAGCCAAGGAAGUUGACUACCUUAUCCGCAACAAGUGGACUCCAUGUAUUGAAUUCGAGUUGGAGCACGGUUUUGUAUACCGUGAGCAUGGAAACAUCCCUGGAUACUAUGAUGGACGAUACUGGACAAUGUGGAAGCUUCCUUUGUUCGGAUGCACUGACUCAGCUCAGGUGUUGAAGGAAGUGCAAGAAUGCAAAAAGGAGUACCCCAACGCCUUCAUUAGGAUCAUCGGAUUCGACAACAAUCGUCAAGCCCAGUGCAUCAGUUUCAUCGCCUACAAGCCACCAAGCUUCACUGAUGCUUAAUUACACAGCUUCAUUGCUUUGUGUAAACAACAAAACUUUAUCCUUCCCUGCCUUUGAUUUAUCAUCUUUUUAUAUAUUUUAUCUUUUGUUUUAAUUUCCGGAUUUAAUCUUUGUUUUCCGGGUUGCAAGAUAUUUUCUUUUGGGUCCUCAAAUGUCCUAAGAAAUAAAUAUGUAAUGUUAUAAAAAUAUAUUAUUUUGUAUUUUGUAUUAAAAAAAUUAAGACAAUGGAUCGAAACAUGAAUUUUACAAAGUUGAGGUAUAGUAAAACUAAGUGAAUUUAAUCUUUGGAUCGUCUUUACUGAAGUUAGGCAAAAAUAAAAGAAGUGAUGUUAUUAAAAUGAACUAAUUAUUAGAAAAAUAGAUUCACAGUAAUACUUUUAUCACAUGGUUGAAAGGUAGAAACAUUUUUCAAACUAUAUCUUAAAGUAAGUGAUGGCCCCACUGAAAAUCUUUGAUGGAAGCAUAAGUCGACGUGAAUUCUUCAGGAUAAGAUUUGAAGAUAAGAGUCUUGGAUAUUCUUUUUUAUUUCCAUUUAACCAUAGUAUAUUCAAUUAUUUUGUGCAGUGUGGAUCAUAUCAAUAAUUUAUUCAUUCUUCUUUAAAAGUUUUCCAUUUAAAUAAUUUAUAAAAAAAUAUUAUCUUGGAACUAUGUCAUGUGAAUUUGUAACUUUUUAUGUUAUUUUGAUUGAUCUGAAUAUAUCUUAUUUGCAGUAAAAAUUCAAAUUGUCUUUUCUUUUUUUUUUAUGGCCGUUUGGCGUCAAAAAGUUGUCUUUUAUUUAAAUAAAAAUUAUUUAAGUAAAAUAUCUUAUUAGAAAAUAAUACAUAUGAGAAAUCUCCAUAAACAAGCAAGAGAGGGGAACAUCUUGAACAAGCAAGAGAGGGGAACAUAUUGCCGCCGAAUGCAGAUUGUUAUAAACUGAAGAAAUCCAUUUAUGGAUUCAAACAAGCAUGUCAACAGUGCUAUGACAUCAUUAUUGCCAAUACAAGUGAUGAUGUUGGAGCCAAAAUUGCAUAAGAAUUGGGAUCAUUCAUUAAACUUCGAGGUCUUGGCUCCUUAAUUUUUUCUCUUGGGACUGGAAUCUUUAGAUCAUCUGAUGAAUCAUCUCUUUGCCAGAGGAAGAGUGCAUUAGAGAUGUCUGAUUCUUCAGUACACAUAACUCCUAAUUUGAAACUGUUAGAGGAAGAUAGAGACUUGGUUGAAGAUCAUGAGUUGUAUAAUCGGAUUCCUGGUUGGUCAUCUAAUGUAUCUGACAAUUACAAGGUCAUAUAUAUUACAUAUAAACUCUGUCAGUAUUCAUCAGCGCCAUGUUGUCUCAUCUCCCAGCGCUUUAUAAAUCAAAGGUACUGUUUUGUAAGGGUUAUUCUAUUAUGCAUCCUAUGACUAUGAUCUUACAGUAAAACCUUACUGAUGAUAAUUGGGAUGCUUGUGUUGAUAGUA